UAACAAAAACAACUAAACACAAUAAAUACCGUAUAAAGAACAACAAGAAGCAGGAGACAACAAAAUCGAAACGCAAUGCAUAAGCUACUCCGUGGCGUUGCGUGUUGCCAACAUGCCGCCAGCAGCGGAGUGAACGCAAAUCAGUUGCAACAUCUGCAACAUCUGGGCCUGCGACUGCUGAGCACCGCCACGGGCCAUGCGGCAGAUGCCGCCGAUGAGCAGGUAUUGAGCAAGCGCAAGUUCAAGCCACACGAAGCUGUCGAUCCCAACGAGAAGUUGGCCAAAGUGCCGAGCCACGCGCGAGUCAUCAUCUGCGGCGGUGGCAUAACGGGCGCCUCGGUGGCCUACCAUCUCGGCCUUCAGGGCUGGGGCGCGGAGACGCUGCUGAUCGAACAGGACGGCGUGGGCGGUGAGCUGCCGUGGAGCGCUUGUGGUCUGGCCGGACGCUUCGAGCCGAGCUAUACGGAACUGAAGCUGGCCGAGUAUUCAAUUGAUUUGAUCAAGCAGCUGACGGAUCGCGGCCUGCCCACCGGCUGGAAGCAGGUAGGCAGCCUGAACCUGGCGCGCAACUUCGAUCGCAUGACCUCGUUCCAUCGCAUGAAAUCUCUGGCCGUGGCUUGGGGCAUGAACUGUGAGAUACUCACGCCGGAGCAGUGCCAGCAGCACUGCUCGCUGCUCUCCCUGGACGGCAUCGAGGGCGGCCUCUGGAUACCGGAGGACGGUGUCUGUGAUCCGCACUUGGUCUGCCAUUCGUUCAUUGAGGAGGCACGCCGCCUGGGCGUGCGCAUCGUGGAGCACUGCGCCGUCAAGAAGAUACACAGCGAGCACGGCAAGGUGGCGCGUGUGGAGACCACCUCCGGGGACAUCAGCUGCGAGUACUUUGUCAACUGCACUGGCUUCUGGGCGCGAGAGGUGGGCACGCUGUCCAAGCCGGUGGUGAAGGUGCCGCUCAAGGCCGUGGAGCACCAUUAUCUGCACACGAAGCCGAUCGAGCAGCUGGAUCCGAACACCCCGUUCGUGCGCGACUUUGACGGACGCAUCUUCUUUCGCGAAUGCGAGGGCCACAUCCUAGCUGGCGGCUACGAGCGCGAGGCGAAGAUGGUGUACGAGGACGGCGUCAUACCGCUGUCCCAGAAAGCGCGUCAAUAUCCGCCCGACUGGGAUCACUUCCACGAGCUGCUCGACGCGCUGCUGCAUCGCGUGCCCUCGUUCCGGGACGCGUACCUGGAUCGGCUGACCAACUCGCUGCAGGUCUUCUCGCCGGACUGCAAGUGGAUACUGGGCGAGGCGCCGGAGAUACAGAACUAUUAUGUGGCGGCGGGCAACAAGACGAUGGGCGUCUCUGCCUCUGGCGGCAUUGGCCGUGUGCUCACCGAUCUCAUCACCAAGGGCUCCACAUACAUCGAUCUGCACAUCCUGGACAUCAGUCGCUUCCUGGGACUGCACAACAAUCGCAAGUUCCUGAGGGACCGCUGCAAGGAGGCGCCCGGCAAACACUUCGAGAUCAACUAUCCCUUCGACGAGUUCCAGACGGGUCGCAAUCUCCGCAUGUCGCCCAUCUAUCCCCAGCUGAAGGAAGCGGGCGCCGUCUUUGGCCAGUCGAUGGGCUACGAGCGACCCAACUAUUUCGAUACAAACGACAAGCAAGAUGAGUUUGGGCUGCCGCGAUUCCGCAUCUCGCAGACGCGCACCUUUGGCAAGCCUCCCUGGUUCGAUCAUGUGGCCACGGAGUAUCGCGCCUGUCGAGAGCGCAUCGGCAUUGCCGACUACAGCUCCUUCACCAAAUACGACUUCUGGUCGAAGGGCAACGAGGUGGUCGACCUGCUGCAGUACCUCUGCUCGAACGACGUGGACGUUGCCGUUGGCUCCAUCAUACACACGGGCAUGCAGAAUCCCAAUGGCGGCUAUGAGAACGAUUGCUCGCUAGCGCGUCUCUCCGAGCGGCAUUACAUGAUGAUUGCGCCAACCAUACAGCAGACGCGCUCCAUGAGCUGGAUACGCAAGCACAUGCCCGAGCACCUGCGCGCCAAGGUGAACGUAGCGGACGUCACCUCCAUGUACACAGCCAUCUGCAUAUUGGGACCCUAUUCGCGCAUCCUGCUCUCGGAGCUCACCGACACAGAUCUCACAGCCAAGAGCUUCCCAUUCUUCACGUACAAGGAACUCGAUGUGGGCCUGGCUGAUGGCAUACGCGUCCUGAACAUCACCCACACUGGCGAGCUGGGCUAUGUCCUAUAUAUACCGAACGAGUAUGCGCUGCAUGUCUACUCCCGACUGCACCAGGCGGGUCAGAAGUACCAAAUACAGCACGCAGGUUACUAUGCGACUAGGGCGCUGCGCAUUGAGAAGUUUUAUGCGUUCUGGGGCCAAGAUUUGGAUACGUUCACCACGCCGCUGGAGUGCGGACGCAGCUGGCGUGUAAAGUUCAAUAAACCCAUUGACUUUAUUGGACGCAGCGCGCUGCUGAAACAGCGGGAGGAGGGCGUGAAGCGGAUGUAUGUGCAGCUGUUGCUCAACGACCAUGAUCACGAGGUGGACAUGUGGUGCUGGGGCGGUGAGCCCAUCUAUCGGGAUGGCGUCUAUGUGGGCAUGACGACGACAACCGGAUAUGGUUAUACGUUCGAGAAGCAGGUCUGCUUGGGCUUUGUGCGCAACAUUGAUGAGCAGGGUCAAGAGCUGGCCGUGAGCAACGAGUACGUGCUGUCCGGGCACUACGAGGUGGAGGUGGCUGGGGUGAGGUUCGAGGCCAAGGUGAAUCUGCACUCGCCCAACCUGCCCACCAAGUUCCCGGAUCGCGAACGCGAGGCCUACCAUGCGACGCGCGACAAACCCGACCAGGCAGAUCUGCUCUCGUUCAGCUCGAAUCUGACGGUGACGCGCCAGUGAAUCCAGGCCCAAAACCGAUCCCAAUCCCAAUCCCAAUCCCAAUCCCAAUCCCAAUCCCACUCCCUGUUCAGUCCAUCCUAAACUAACCAGGGCCUUCACUGGACUGCCCGUUCCAUUCUUGAUAUUUUGGUUUACAGUCAAGCGAAAAUGUUCGUGCGUUCGUUCGAGUCUCAAUUGCAAAACGAUAUUACUUUAAUGUUAUUCAAGUGUAUAUAUGUAUGCAUAUGUAUGUAUAUACUAUGUAUACUAUAUAGUCAUGUAUGUAUGCAUGUGUAUUCAUAUAUAUGUAGCUAUAUAGUGAGCGAGCCGAGUGAGAGAUUGGAUAUUAAGCGAGUGGAGAACUGCAGUUGCAGUGCUGGCUGUUAUCGAUAAUGCCUAUCGAUAUAUCGAAUUCGAUAUAUGUAUGUUAUUAUUAUUAUUGUUGUUAAUGUGUUUGUUUACGUUUUGCCGUGUCAAUUACAAUCGGAAUAUUUUAUUAAAUUAUUAUAUUACCAUCAGAAUUAUUGGAAACAAAAAGUGCUGCCAACUCAAUUUUUGGAUACACUAGAAAAAAAUUUACAUAAAUCUUGAAAACAA